CCCAAUCCCAGAACCCAUCCCCUGCUCUCUUUAACUCUUCCGCAGACGUGACUUCCUCUCUCUCUCUCACUUCUCCGACAAAUCUCCGAAUCUCUCUGUUUCUUCAUUGGUUCAGACAAGAAGACGAAGAAGGAGAGACUUCAUCAUGGGUCUCCUCCAUCUCCUCGCAUUCUCUCUCCUCCUCUCUGUUUCAGGAGCCAAGUUCUCCGGCCGACCAGGCGUUAACUACGGCCAGCUCGGCAACAACCUCCCGUCCCCGACCGAAUCGGUCAAGCUCAUCAAGUCCCUGAACGCGACACGUGUCAAGAUCUACGACGCCAAUCACUCUAUCCUCAAGGCCCUCAACGGCACCGAUAUUGCCGUCUCCGUCAUGGUUCCCAACGAGAUCAUCGUCAACGUUUCAAAGUCCCAAGCCCAAUCCGACGACUGGGUCCGAAACAAGAUCCUACCUUUUUACCCGACCACCAAGAUCCGAUACCUCCUCGUCGGCAACGAAGUCCUGUCUAAUCCCGACCCGGCACUCAGAUCCGGUCUCGUAUCGGCAAUGUGCAAGAUCAAGCACUCGCUGAAGCGAUUUGGUGUCCACAAGGUCAAAGUCGGUACCACACUCGCCAUGGACGUGCUCCAAACCUCGUACCCACCAUCGAGCGGGGAGUUCCGACCGGAUAUAGCGGGUCGGGUCAUGAAACCGAUGCUCCAGUUCCUCAACAAGACCAAAUCUUUCCUCUUUGUGGACGUGUACCCGUACUUCGCCUGGUCACAGGACCCCAAAAACAUCAACCUCGAUUACGCCUUGUUCGAAUCGGAGAACAUCACAGUCACCGACCCGGUCACGAACUUGACCUACCACAACCUCUUCGACCAAAUGGUCGACGCCUUCGUCUUCGCCAUGAAACGAAUCGGAUACCCUGAGAUUCGGAUAUGGGUCGCCGAAACGGGUUGGCCCAACAACGGAGACUACGACCAGAUCGGAGCCAACAUCCACAACGCCGCGAUUUACAACCGCAACGUCGUCAAGAAACUCACCGCCGAUCCACCUGUCGGAACACCAGCCCGACCUGGUCGGGUCUUACCCUCGUUCAUAUUCUCACUCUACAACGAGAAUCAAAAACCGGGUCCGGGUACGGAGCGGCAUUUCGGGAUGUAUCACCCGAAUGGGACACGGGUCUACGACAUAGAUCUGUCGGGGAAGAGGACGGAGUACGAGGAUGUUUUGCCGGAGCCGGAGAACAACGAGCCGUACAAGGGGAGGAUAUGGUGCGUGGUGGCUAAAGGAGCGAACUGGACGGAGCUGGGUGAGGCCCUAUCGUACGCCUGCUCGCAGGGAAAUAAUACCUGCGCCCCGAUCCGACCUGGUGGCGAGUGUAGUAAACCCGAUUUGAUCGUGUUGCAUGCGAGCUAUGCGUUCAGUUCGUAUUGGGCUCAGUCUAGGAAGAGUGGUGCGACUUGUUUCUUCAACGGUCUCGCCACCCAAACCAUUAAAGAUCCAAGUUACGGACGCUGCGAGUUCCCGAGCGUGACGUUGUGAGAAAACAGCAGGAUGUUCGUGUUUAUUGACUAGAAACGGCGUGUUGUUGUGGGGCGCUUCUUCUAUUCCCAAUUUAUUCGAGAAACAAAUAAAUAAAAUAGGAAUAUCAAGUCUUAGGUGACUAAAGGUUGACUUUGGAUUCAUGAGAUUAAGUGAGUCGAAUGCCUAUUUAACCUCUCUUGUUAUAAAAAAAACACUAUUCCUCUAACAAAAAGAAAAUAAGAGGAAAAAAGAAACUUUUGUGUUCUAGAAGUCUCCCUCGUAGAAAAAUUAAAAAAUUAAAUUUUAUAA